GCUAGCUUUCCUAUGCGGUUGCAUGCAAUGCUUUGGAAUUGCCUUCCACUCUUGUGCUUGGUGCAACCAGCCUUGGGUGGGCCUACGGUGCUGGAGCCGGACUUCGAGCUCGUUUCCUUCACGCCGGAGGAUGGCAACACGCUGAGUGGGCGGCAGGCCCUCACCGUGGUGUACAGUUUGGCGGUCCUUCCCUUGGGUGCAGAUCUGGGGGAUGGCCCUCUUCCGGAGGAGUACGUGCCGUUCAUCCUUGAGGGCUCGGAAGUUCCUGGGCGGCUGCAUUGGGUGAGCUCGAGCAUCGCCCGUUUCGACCCCUCGGUGGACUGGCCCACAGAUCUGAAGGAGCUGAUUGUCACCUUCAACUCUGCCUUGAAGAGCGUCAGCGGCAAGACCCUGACGAAGGCUCCGAAGAGGCACAGCUUCUCUACGCACCCGCUGGACUAUUGGGUGAGACGAGUUCACUCGAAGAUGCUGGCGGAGCUCACAGGAAACACCUGGAGCUCCGAUCUCGAGGAGCAGAAGUUUAUUCCCAAGGGCGCUCAUGAAUGCCCCUCGGAUGCGCGGGUCCUCGUGACCUUCAACGGCCCAGUGGUGCUGCAGAGGUUCAUCAAGGAUCCGUCCAUGUUCGAGCUCAGAACAGGCCUUCUUCAGCAGUUCGCGGUGAAGUCUGUGGCACCCUGCGAGGGCGAGGCAGCAACACCUCUGCGCCUGGAGCUGGGUGAGCCGGCGGCGGUGAACGAAUCCCGGUGCCUAGAGGUGACCCUUCCAGAACUGGAGACUGGGGAGGAAUACGUGCUGGGCCUCCGCCCGGGCGCCAGGUACCAUCCCUUCGCCGGUCCGUUUAGAGGUAAGUCGAAGAUCCGGCUGACGGGCCUCCGGCCCUUUCGAUUUAAUUUCUUAAAGCGUCGUUACGGAAAGGAGUUUUUCAAGAUCUACUUGCGCCAUGGCUUGCAGGGGGCGAACCGAAGUCUCGAUCACCUGCAGCACGCCUUCAGCGUCACGAGCAUUGCCGACGGACAGGUGCUGGAGCACCAGCUCAGCUUGCCUCACAAGGCCACGCUGAAGCUGAAGGUACAUGAUCUGGAGCCAGAGCAGCAGUACUUGAUCCGGGUAUCUCCAACGAGCCCUGUUUUCGACGGCACCGGGCUGCCGCUGGAGGCAUCGGAGGUGCGGCUGACCAUGAGCACCCUUCCAGGCGUGUUCCUGGCCCCGCAGCCGCCCAACCCGAGCCUCUGGGCCGCCAGCUGCGCGGACCGCUUCCUGCCCAGCGACUUGCCGGCCACGUUUCCGAUCCUCCAGCGGCGGCCUCCUCCGAUGAUGCUCGGUCGGAACGUUGAUCCAGACGCGGCAUUGCAGGCCUUCGUCUGUCCGAUCACGUCCACCGAGGAGCUCGGGGACUUCCUCAGCUUCUUCUUCUCGCCCGCCAAGGCAGACGACUCCAUCCCAGGGCCUUGUGCCAGACGCAGUGCAAAGGCUUAUCCCGGCGUCGUCCUUGGCUCCUCCAAACGGGAGGUGAGGUACAGCGAGGUGCCCCUCUCGUUCCAGGCAUCCAGGCUUUUGUUCAUGGAGUACACCUGCGUGGGAGAGAAGGUGGGCGUGCAUUGCCCCGUGGAGCGUCCCUCGAACCGAGCGCGGUUCCUCAAUGCGGCGUCCUUCCAUGCGCUCACAGCCUUCGCCGGGCCGCGCGGCGCGCCGUCGGAAGCGCUCCACUCCUCGGUGGUCGUUUCAGUCCACGGCAUCGCGGAUCACGAGCCCAUCGCCGGGCACGAGGUGGAGGUUUGGGAGAUCCCGUCGGCGCGCUGGGAGCGUGGGCGAAGUGUGCAGCCUCCGGCCAAGAGGACGGCCAGCGCCCGCACCAACUCGGAGGGCCGCGCACAGGUGGCUCUCGAGGAAAGCGCGGGCCAGUACGACAAGGGCUACGUGGUGGUCGUGAGAGAUCCACAGACCGGGGAGAUCCUCUUGGGGGACUUGCUGCGGAUGGGGAGGGCUGGCGCCAGCAGGACUUGGGAACAAACGCUGGCGGCCGCGCUGCGAUUGUCCAUCACCACGGACCGGGCGGUUUACGCGCCGGGGGAUGGCCUCGGCUUCAUGGGCGUGGUGGCGGCCGUGGGCGCCAUCUGCCCCGGGAAGAAGCCAGGCAACAUCUGUUCACCAGCGGCCACGAGCGGUGCUGGAGCAGCAUCCGUGCUGGUGGCCGAGAUCAUUUGGAAGC